GUGGCGACUGAGCAUAGGGCGGCUGCUGAGCGCCCGACCUGGGCCUGCGCCGGAGCCCACGCCAAGCUCCACGGCCCCCUCGCCCGCUAGGGCGGCCUUGCGCCCGUUGUCACUGAGGCGACGUGCCCCACAUUCUCCGCUUCUCGGGCUGGCCGGCUCUGGCGUCCCCUGGCUCCCCCUCGCUCGCCCGCUCCCUCCUGCGCGCCUGAGUCACCGCCGCCGCCAUGGCCGAGAAUGGUGAAAGCGGCGGCCCUCCGAGCUCCCAGGAAAGCGCCGCCGCUGCCGAAGGUGCCGGCGCCCCCGCCGCUGCCGCUGCCUCCACGGAACCCAAGAUCAUGAAAGUCACCGUGAAGACCCCGAAGGAGAAGGAGGAGUUCGCAGUGCCCGAGAAUAGCUCCGUCCAGCAGUUCAAGGAAGAAAUCUCUAAACGUUUUAAAUCCCAUACUGACCAACUUGUGUUGAUAUUUGCUGGAAAAAUUUUAAAAGAUCAAGAUACUUUGAGUCAGCAUGGAAUUCACGAUGGACUUACUGUUCACCUUGUCAUCAAAACACAAAACAGGCCUCAGGAUCAUUCAGCUCAGCAAACAAACACCAGUGGAAGCAAUGCUACUGCAUCAUCAGCUCCUAAUAGUAACUCCACAUCUGGUUCUGCCACUAGCAACCCUUUUGGUUUAGGUGGGCUUGGAGGACUUGCAGGUCUGAGUAGCUUGGGUUUGAACACUACCAACUUCUCUGAACUACAGAGCCAGAUGCAGCGGCAACUUAUGUCCAAUCCUGAAAUGAUGGUCCAGAUCAUGGAGAAUCCCUUUGUCCAGAGCAUGCUUUCAAAUCCUGACCUGAUGAGGCAGUUAAUUAUGGCCAAUCCACAAAUGCAGCAGUUGAUACAGAGAAAUCCAGAAAUUAGUCAUAUGCUGAAUAAUCCAGAUAUUAUGAGACAAACAUUGGAACUUGCUAGGAAUCCAGCAAUGAUGCAGGAAAUGAUGAGAAACCAGGACCGAGCUUUGAGCAACCUGGAAAGCAUCCCGGGGGGAUAUAAUGCUUUACGACGCAUGUACACAGAUAUUCAGGAACCAAUGCUGAGUGCUGCACAAGAACAGUUUGGUGGCAAUCCGUUUGCUUCCUUAGUGAGCAAUACAUCCUCAGGUGAAGGUAGUCAACCUUCCCGUACAGAAAAUAGAGAUCCAUUACCCAAUCCAUGGGCUCCACAGGCUUCUCAGAGUUCAUCAGCUUCCAGUGGCACCACCAGUGCCGUGGGGGGCACUAGUAGUGGUGCUGCCAGUGGCACUGCCGGGCAGAGUUCUACUGUGCCAAAUUUGGGGCCUGGAGUAGGAGCUAGUAUGUUCAACACACCAGGAAUGCAGAGCUUGUUGCAACAAAUAACUGAAAACCCACAACUUAUGCAAAACAUGUUGUCUGCCCCCUACAUGAGAAGCAUGAUGCAGUCACUAAGCCAGAACCCUGACCUUGCUGCACAGAUGAUGCUGAAUAAUCCCCUAUUUGCUGGAAAUCCUCAGCUUCAAGAACAAAUGAGACAACAGCUCCCAACUUUCCUCCAACAAAUGCAGAAUCCUGAUACGUUAUCAGCAAUGUCAAACCCUAGAGCAAUGCAGGCCUUGUUACAGAUUCAGCAGGGUUUACAGACGUUAGCGACUGAAGCCCCCGGCCUCAUCCCAGGGUUUACUCCUGGCCUGGGGGCAUUAGGAAGCACUGGAGGCUCUUCAGGAACCAGUGGCUCUAAUUCUGCAUCUGGUGAAAACCCAAGUCCCACAGCAGGAACUACCGAAUCUGGACACCAGCAGUUUAUCCAACAAAUGCUACAGGCUCUUGCUGGAGUGAAUCCUCAGCUACAGAAUCCAGAAGUCAGAUUUCAACAGCAACUAGAACAGCUCAGUGCAAUGGGAUUUUUGAACCGUGAAGCAAACUUGCAAGCGCUAAUAGCCACAGGAGGUGAUAUCAAUGCGGCUAUUGAAAGGUUACUGGGCUCUCAACCAUCAUAGCAGCAUUUCUGUAUCUUGAAAAAAUGUAAUUUAUUUUUGAUAACGGCUCUUAAAUCUUUAAAAUACCCGCUUUAUUUCAUUUUGACUCCUGGAAUUCUGUGCUGUUAUAAACAAACCCAAUAUGAUGCAUUUUAAGGUGGAGUGCAGUAAGAUGUGUGGGUUUCUCUGUGUUUUUGUUUGUUUGUUGUUUUUUUCCUGGAACAGUGGGAAUCAAUGCUUUUUCAUUUAAGGCUACUGCAUGCAUCAACCACUUCUGCAUUUAUUGUAAUUUUUAAAAAAAUAUCACCUUUUAUAGUUGGGUGAACAGAUUUUUGUCCUGCAUCUGUCCAGUUUAUUUGCUUUUUAAACAUUAGCCUAUGGUAGUAAUUUAUGUAGAAUAAAAGCAUUAAAAAGAAGCAAA